AUGGCGACGAACCAAAACAGCCCCUACGUCACGACCCGCGAACAGGCGGUCGUAGAAGCGUGGAGUCAAGGUUUCAACAUCGGGGCCGUUGUUGUCCUUAUUUUGCUCGUUUUAUGCAAUUAUCGGAGAAAAACGCUGCUGCAUAAGCUUAUUCUUGGUGAACUACUCCUUGCGCUCGGACACGGAUUCUUUGCAUUCUUUGAAGAGCCAGAAUAUGGAUGGAUCCUCAGUAGCACUGCGACUCUACUCUACAUCUCGUACUUCAUCCACAACCUUAUCGCGUGGCUAAAGAUCCGACCGUUUCUUCCCAAAUGGGGCGCAAGAAGCUUCAUCAUCACAUUGCUCAUGGUCCAACCGUACUGGAUUCUCGAAACAUGGGCAAACUUCCAAUACCACAACCACCUCGGUAGCCGAAUCUUUGACACGUCAAGAUUACUCGAGCCGUUAUUUAGAGACCCGUGGUGGGUUUUCACGACGAUCAAAUUGGUCCUGGCCAUUCGAGAGAACUACGAAUUUACAAUAUCUGGUCUGGUUCGCACAAGCCCGCGCUUUGGAAUCAUGCUUCUUUGUCUUCUUCUCUCAAUUGUAUUCUUGAUCACGGAUGUCAUUUUCAUGAUUGUGGUCUCUAAGAGAGGCGGGAUAAAUCCAUUUUGGAGGCUAGCCCUGGUAUUCAAAUGCGCAUCCGAUGUCAUAUUCCUCGACGAUUUCAAGAGUGUACUAGACCGGAUAUCGGAAUCAGCAAUGCGAAAAAUUACAACCUUUGAGUGCAGAGACAACGCCUCGUCCUCGGUUCAGCCGCCUGCUUCGACCGAUUUCUCAAUCCCCACAUAUAAUCGCAAGAGUUCGCGAUUUGAAUCAUUGUCUAGAGCAGAGCUAGGGAUGAACAGCAAGGAGCAUCACGAUAUAUCCCGAUGGAACCUGUCUGUGCAAACUGGGCAUAAAAUGCCCUGGGGAUAA